UAUGCGACGUAUCACACAACCCUAUGCAGCACAACGUAGCAGCUUCUUUGGUCUUUUGCUAUUUUUUCGCCCUCCACACAGACGGGAUGCGUUGACGACUUUGACCUUCCUUGCUAAAAGUCGCCGUCGGCACGGAGCUCAAAAUGGGCGUGGCGAAACUAGAUCCGACAUCAGCUUCAAAACAGCGCACGUGUGGAGUCGCGCUCGGAAUCACAGACAUGGCCGCCAUCGGGAUCAGAGGUGAGUGGAUGUUUCUGUCGUGUGGCACCAAGUUGAUUGCGACUCACGUCAAGCAGGAUAGAAAGCCAUUCGUAUUUGACUGCAGCACCGCUAAGAAAAGAGAGCAUGAGCCAAAGGCCGACGAGGACGGUAGUCUUGCAGGGGCGCCUGGAAGCGACAUGAUUCUCGCGUUCGCUAUUUCACCAUCCGGGAAACUGGCGGCACUCACAGAUGACUCCAAACGACUGGUCCUAUUCGAAUGUCAACAAUGUUGGCAGUGUGUCAGCACCAGGUGGUUGGCAAGGAGGGGCACGUCCUUGGCGUUUACCGGGGCGGAGGACGAGGUACUUGUGGCUGACAAGUCGGGUGACGUGUAUUCCUUCUCGGUGAUCCAACCGGACAGAGAAGGCGAGCUCAAGAUGGGCCACCUCUCCAUGGUGCUCGCCCUCACUAUGUCACUUGAUGGGAAGUAUAUUAUCACAGCAGACCGGGAUGAAAAAAUAAGAGUGAGUCACCUUUGCUCGCCGUACAACAUCCAGUCCUUCUGCUUAGGACACAAAGAGUUUGUCAGCUCGCUUUUGGUUCCCUCAGGCGAGCUGCCCUGGUUGCUGUCAGGAUCAGGGGACGGGACGAUCAAGCUGUGGGAGUACGAAACUGGACAGAGGCUCCAAAGUUGGGACUUGAAAGCCCUCGAAGAGACGAGUGUCGAGAAAUCGGACGACGAGAGGGUAACUGUCUGCCGAAUAACCGGCUCCCCGGAUGGAUGUCACGUCGCCGUGCAGUGCGACGGAGUGUCGAGCGUUCAGUUCUUCGCGCUGAAUCGAGACGAUAACGGAAAAAAGCUGGCGCCCCGCAGCAGGGUCGCCCUGCCGCGCCGUCCCCUCGACGCGACCUUCGACCCGGAAGGCCGGCUCUGGGUGCUGAUGGAUUCCGACGAGACGCCGUUACAAAUCUGCACGCUCGAGCAAAGCGCGUGGAAGUGCGACGCCGCCAGCCCCGAACUGCAAAGGGCGACGGCGGCCUUCCUGCCUCACUGGGAGACCGUCGACGGUUCGGCUAAGGCCGCUCGGCGUUUCGAGCACCUGCACAAGGCCGCUUUCGAUAACGUGGCCGCGUACAUGGAAAAGAAGCAGCAGCGACUGCAGGAGAAGCAGAAGACGAAAACGGAACACAAAGACAAUCGCAAGAAGGCCAGAAAAGUGCUCUGAACUGAACUCAAAUUUUGAAUUUAUUUUACUGCUUUGGAUGACGCAGCACCGUUGUCAAUCACACGGCGUCGUUUUGUUUUGCACAUCUUUGAUGAGCCUCCCUCAUGUAUCCGAAGCUAUAAAAAUAAACUUUGCA